UGAGGUACACACAACCAACAUGUGGAGCAGAGAGGUCCUCUUGCUACGGUCCUCCUGGUUUUUGCAGCUGUGAAAACUAUCUGAUUGUUUGCAAUCAUGACCAAGCUGAUGGUUCUGAGUGUUGUUGCAGCUUUGCUGCUUGUUCAUGUGAAACCAAGUAAAGGAGGCAUCGUUCCUCCUAUAUGCAAGACCGACUGGUACGAUCGGGACAAUCCAGAUGGACAAGGUGACUAUGAGGAUCUGAGGCACCUGAGGAGGGAAUACCCUGGACAGAUUUGUCCCAACCCUUCCCGCAUAGAGGCCGUUACUGUGAUCGGAAACAUCCCAGCUGAAGACACGGGGCGCAUCUUCAAGGCCUACAAUACCGAAGUUGGCUUCAUUUGUCGCAACGAGGAUCAGCAAUUUGGGAGAUGCAAGGACUACAAGGUUCGCUUCACGUGCCCAUGCCCUUGAUCCACCUGGAUGCAUCGUUGCG